UAAUCCUGCUAUCGCUCUUCGAAAUGUCGAAACCGCGAUAUCUCACCCCUUCCAAGAUCAGUCUUCUGGUUCUUGUCAAUCUAUACUGUAGCUCGGGAGUGCCAUCCUCCGCUAUCGUUCCGGUUCUUUCGUUCAUACUUUCCCAAUGUUUCCCUACACCUCCUUCGGCAGCCCGCGUAUCACGCGUAGCAAAACACCACGACAUCUCCACCUCGGUUCACGCGUUUGAAGACAUCUUACAUCGGCAUGCAUCCAGUAUGCCGGGGCGGACUCUCCUGGAUGUCUUUCUCAAGAAUAUGUGGGAAAUGAAUUCCUUUGAUGAACUGUUUAACUUGUUUGAUCGGCUGGGCGGGCUCUUAACACGACCUUCUGAAGAAGAACUACGAAAUCACUCUGUUGAACGAGUUUACCUUUCGCCAACUUCACCCCUUGGUUCCCUCAUUCGUCGUGCUCGAGUUGAGUUUGUACGAUUGCCGUUUGACGAUGCCAUUCGACUCUGGUCAGCUUUCAUAGCGUACCGCGCACCCACAGCACAGUGGACGAAGAGGCUUGCUGGCCUGUCUUCUUUGGGGAUUGAUAGUGUCGCAGCGGAUCUUGGGAUAAAAUCUGGUGAUGGCCUUUACGAGACUGCCUAUGGACGCUUCUCUGGUGAAGAGGCUACCGAAUACGCUCUCAGCCUUGAUGAUCUUGAGCGUUUGAUGGAAUUCCAGCUUGAUCGUCUGCAACGUCUUGGCUGUCGCGUACCUGAAGAUAUGAAGGAUCCUUUGCGUGAGAUGCUAGAAUCAUCCGGCACCGCUCCGCGCCAGGCACACCUGGUCAAGUUUUUCGACACCUGGAAAGCUGGCGACUAUACCUCAGCAUUCGAUCACCUGCAUCGAUACUUCGACUAUGCCAUGCAAGCGCGGGAAAGAAUUCACUACCAAUAUGCUCUCUUACACAUGGCUAUUCUUCAUGCUGAUUUUGGUUGUUUUGACGAAGCGAUUGCUGCAAUCAACGAAACCAUCGCCACGGCUCGAGAAAACCAGGACAUCCAUUGCCUGAACUUCAGCUUGAACUGGUUACAUCAUAUGAGUAAAGCGUAUCCAAAACACAUGAAAAGAGCUGGCUAUAUGGGUAUGCUCGGCUCGGAGAAGGAGGCGCUGGCUUUCCUAAAGGCAAAAGCCCGAGAAACGAAGACUUACAAUCUUCUCAGUGCAACUCUAUUGAACGAAGCUAAGCUACAUUUACUGAUGGGCGACCCCGUCACUCGCGCAUUCGACCACCUCUUCCAAUCCUCGCAUUUAAACCUCAAGGAGAACAUCAGUAAUCACGGUUCCCACAUGUUGUUUCAAUCUGCACUCUCCUCAAGACUGGGACUCAACUACAUGUCCAACGUUUACUGUGAGCUACUACUCCAUUGCUACCACCACAGCUGCCCGCUGGACGAACAAGUCCGCGCCAUCGGCCGACGUACAUUUUUAGUCGCUCAGAAAGGACAGUACGCGGAAGCAUUGUCCAUGCUGGAUAAAAUGAAUACACCGGCCAACCAUUCCAUAAAGUUUCACCACUAUGUCUUCCUAUGUACUGGACUGGUGAAGUUGAAGAGGGCAAUACAUUGGACGGAUUGGACAGCUUGCGAGGCUUUGCUUUUAUCCUUACAGCCCGACUCGUCUACGGAUCCUGAAUUAUCCUUCAUGUUAUCAGAAUCCCGUAUCUACUACCUUGUAGCCCGCGGGCUCUUCUCAGAAGCUUUCAAGGCCCUAGACACUCUAUCAACGUCUUUGAAGGACGAAGGGGCAGAUGUGAUGCAACGCGUCGAAGUGCUUAUCGCGAAAGCCGAAAUAUACAGGUUGGCUGGCGAACCUGAACGUGGAUUUAGUGUGGCCUUGCGCGCUGCUAGUGUAUCCUUCAAAGCUCGGCUGAUGCCAUGCUUAUGGUCGGCUGUGGGGAUGCUUGCGAACAUCCUGAAUUCAAUCGGCGAGUACGGUGCCGCAAUGAGACUUUUACAUGCGGUAAUCCCACAAGUUAGUGCGCCUUUAAAUCCAAAAAGUGGAGAAAUCUGUGCUCACUGUUCACCAGUCGCUCGAGAAUUUCGACCACUUCGGGAAUGGGAAGUUGUACUCGCACCUGGGUGA